AUGUGGGGAACCGACAAAGUCGUAUGGCCUCCAUACUGGACGCCUAUGCCACUUCCAGAUACACAGGACGACCUGCCCUUGGCCGCAACCUUCAAAGAAGACGAGAAGAAUCCUCAAAAAGACAGCCCUCUGUUCCGUCUCUCCCCCGAGAUCCGAGCGCGCAUCUACGACUUGGCCCUACAGACUAUCUGCGACCAAGACCGGACCUUUAGGGACGGGAGUUUAUUCAAGAGGCCCAGUCUAACCGGGCCCCGGCGCAUCUACACGGCACUGUUGAGGACAUGCCGCGCUGUGUACGCGGAGACUUGGGCGCUGCCCCUGCUGAAUACCUCAUUGGUCAUCCACGAAGGCUCUGACGAGGAUCGCCCUCCGAGUAGGUCAGGCUCGGACAUGUGCCCGAACCAGCAGCUCUUCUACCUACAGGCAUGGCAGCUUCUCUUGAUCGGGGGCGUGGACAUGACAUUCCAGCAGAUGAGGCUCGAGAACGGGGGCAUAGAGCAGUGGCUGCGCCGCCUUCACCACGCCAGGGGGCACGCGCGGGAGCUCAUGCGCCGCGUGGCGAGUGAGAAGCACCCGGGCAGCCAAUCUAUCAAAGACUUUGUCGAGAAUAGUCUCAUUGGCGUCAGGAUACGCUCUCUGACGGUGAGGGUGAACCGCCGCGACUGGUGGAACUGGACGAAUGACCCCUCGACCUAUUCGGCCGAGGACCUCGCCAGCCGAGAAAGAAUGAUUCGCGUGGUGCAGCCAAACACACCGCAUGACUUUGGGCCAUACCCCGAUGAUGACAGCGAGCCUCUUCUGGGUGAAGAUUGCACCCUAUCGUUUGUACUGGAGACUUUUGGCCCCAAAGCAGAAGAACUAGACUACACAGUUAACCAAGCUAGGGACUGGGUUUUUGGCACCCUUUCUCUUUCGCAGGAGGGGCAGAAUAAGCGUGUUCUGGGAUGGGAUGGUCAAGUUCGCAACGAGAGCUGGGAACGAGCCGUCAACGGGCCUCAUAUUGCCUGGCUACGGAAGCCGAUUUACAGUGCAAUUAGGAACCGCAUUGAGGUACGAGUUAUUCGAUUUAUACCGACACUAUUGCAGGAUUAG